UCUGGGUUCACGUUGGUCGGUUGGAUGGCUGGCCGGCCCGGCUGGCUGGCUGGCUGGCCGGCUUGCUGGCUGGUUGCGGGUAGAGGGGCGCUGGGUGAAAGCGGAUCAAUGCGUCCAGGUACGCCUGGUUGGCCUGUCGGUCGAGGGAACUUUGCCUGCUCGUCGCACCACGCCAGGCACGCAUGCCCUCCCUCGAUCGCCUUGCCCGGAGUGGGUCUUGAAACACUCUGCUCUGAUUGGCUGAGACGUAGACCAAUCAGAAGCUACAACAGGCAAGCCAGUCACGGAGAUCGGCAUUACCGUUCGUCUUGGCUGACUUGCCUGGCCAGCCAGGCUUGA